CUGUGCAAGACCUUCAUUGACACAGAGCGGGGACCAAUAUGUCUAAAUGUAUUUUCACCUAUUCAACUUUCAGUGAGGAAGUGGAAGAAUUCUUUUGUAUUUUUGUGGCCUUAAACCUAUUAUUUUAGUGUUUUAUGUUCAGACAUGAGAGCCCUAGAACCUGAGGAACUGAGGAAUGGAACGUUCUGUGUACUAAAUGUUGAAUUAUAGCAAAGCUCUUGAUCUUGUUUCAAGCUAAUUGAUUCAGACAUGGAUUGAUAUGAAUAAUCUCUUGCCAUCAUGUGACCCAAAAUAGUCCUUGUGCUGAAUCCCAAGCCAGUAGAGCACCUUCGCUGAAUGGUUGAGGUUUCUUCUACACUUUGGUCAAUUUUAACUUAAAGGGGAUAUAUGUUUGUGUCCUAAAUCAGACGUAUUCAGUGUUGUAUCAUCAACUUGUCAGGCUUAAAGGUUUAUUGGAAUAUCUGAAUCAGAGAGAACUCCAGGAAAGGGAAACUGCCAGAUGUGAUCAGCAGAGAAGCUUGUGUUUUUUAUUGUCAUCUUUUCGUGAUGGGUCAACGACUCAGUGAGGAUUCCGACGACAAAGAAAUUGAUGUUGCUGAACUGCAGGAGUGGUAUAAAAAGUUUGUGGUGGAAUGUCCGAGUGGAACCCUAUUCAUGCACGAGUUCAAGAGCUUCUUCGGUGUAACUGGAAACCAGGAAGCGGCAGAUUACAUAGAAAACAUGUUCCGUGCUUUUGAUAAAAAUGGGGACAACACUAUUGAUUUUCUGGAAUACGUUGCAGCCUUGAAUCUAGUGCUGCGAGGAAAGUUGGAGCACAAACUGAAAUGGACUUUUAAAAUGUAUGACAAGGAUGGGAGUGGCUGCAUCGACAAAACAGAGCUCAAGGAGAUUGUGGAGUCAAUAUACCGACUAAAGAAAGCCUGCCAUGGGGAACUUGAUGAGGAGUGUAACCUACUGACCCCAGAUCAGGUGGUGGACCGAAUAUUUGAGCUAGUGGAUGAGAACGGAGAUGGGGAGUUGUCUCUGGACGAGUUCAUUGACGGGGCGCGACGUGACAAGUGGGUCAUGAAGAUGCUGCAAAUGGACGUUAACCCCGGGGACUGGAUCAGUGAACAGAGACGCCGCAGCUCCGACUCCUGAACUCUAAAAUCACCAAAACAACCCUUAAAUCAGCCGACAUAUACAUAUACAGUUACAGUUUCUCAACUACAGUUUUAGUCAUGGUUCAUGAAAGUGAAUCUUGAGUCAUCAGCACAAAUUAUUUAGAUCAUAUGUAUAUAUAUAUUUUUUUUUUACCAUGGUAUCUAUUUCCCGUUUGUUUUUGACUAAAAUAAUUCACUUUAUCUGCAUGUAUAUAUACAUGUUUUCUUUAUUGUUUCUUUUGUUCUUGUUGCUAGGAUCUGUGGAUUGCUCACUUAUAUUGAUCUAUUAUUUGCAGAUAAGAUGUAUUCGUUUAACUUUUUUGCAGCAUAUUACUCUGUUUAUAAAUAACAGCCAUCAGUUACAAAUGGGCAUAUCUGAUGUUUGUAAAUAUAUGAAUAUUGUAAAGUCUCUUCUUGAAGGUCAAAAUUGUAAAAGUAUUUGCAUCUGUACAUUUCUCAAAAAUAAAACUCAUCAAUCAUA